GUGAAAACCAUCAUGAUCCGUGGAUAAGUAAGGGAGUGACAGUACUUGAUAAGUAGUCAAGCAUGGUAUCGUCAUCACCUGCCAUGCCAAGGUUUGCCAGCCCUAUUGGCACCGUUUAAGUUACUCGGGGACCCAUCGUCGUUCAUUUGGCGGCGUGGAUUGAUAGGCAGCACCAGGGUCUCCUUCACUCUUGUCCUAGUCCACCGCCGUGAAAUUACAUUAUCUCCAUCCCCCAAGUCCCUCUUAAACCUUUCAUCUACCCCCCUUUACCUUUGAUUUGCGCUCUUUCUGUUGUUCCAUCUCUGUCGGUCUCUCUUCUGACGAGAUUUUGUUUUGUUGCCCACCCUCAUUCCCCAUGCGUCACAAUUACCCUCACUGGAUUGUCUCGUCCCGCGUUGGCUGAACGAAAUAUUGGAGUUGGAGUGUGGCUAUGCCUGAUACUCGAGUCCUAUAGAUUUGACUUGGUAUCUCACAGCUUCAUUUAUUCUUAGCUUAUCGCAGACUUUACACCUUCAUCUCGGAUCCCGUACUGUGCUAUCCUUACUACUUCUCCGCCCACCUACUUGACGUCACACAGAAUGGGCCGGGAACCCGUCCCCCGUCGGCGUGCCUAUUGGGCAAUCCCGUCGCGCAAGGUCACCAACAUCCUGGCCUUGAUACUCUUCGUCGUUGUGGCUGCUUCGGUCUUUAAACUCGAACUCGGUGCGCCCUCCUUCGACCCGACUUCGCUAUAUCGCCACCACGCGCAUCCAGGCGAACCCGAUUUCUGGGAAUGGGAAACGACCUCCCGCUUUCCUCACGUGCAGAACCCCGUCAAAAAUGACGACCAACUUUGCGACUUGUUUCCCUCCUAUCUGCUAUCGCGCAUCCAAGUUGUUCUGAAAAUCGGCGCCUCCGAGCCGGCUGAUCGCGUCGACGCGCAAAUCUCCAGCGUGACUCGCUGCAUUCCCAACCUCAUCAUCGUCUCCGAUCGAGAGUCGCAAAUCAAAGGCCAUCGAGUUCACGACAUCCUGGCCGCUCUUCCCGAAUCUUUCCGAGCCAAUACUUCCGACUUUGAGGCAUACGAUGCGCUUCAGCGAGGCGAGGACAAGACCGUGGCGGCGCCGCAAGGAUGGAGGCUCGAUCGCUUCAAAUUCCUCCCCAUGGUGGAGCGCGCACACGAAAUCAACCCCUCGGCGGAUUGGUUCGUCUUUGUGGAAUCGGAUACGUACGUGGUUUGGGAUAACAUGUUCCGGCUUUUGGAUCAGUUUGACCCACAUACCCCCUUGUAUAUGGGGUCUCCGUCCCCGGGACGGCGAAUUAACGAGAAAGAAGUUUCUUAUUUUGCCUACGGCGGCUCCGGCUUCGUCCUAUCCACGGCAGCUGUUGAUAAGUUGGUGUCCAGAGAGGUUGGACCUCACGGGGAGUACAUCCAACCUUCAUUGAGCGAGCAAUACGAGGAUAUUAUCAAAGCAGACUGCUGCGGUGAUUCGAUACUCGGUUGGGCACUGCAUGAGAAGGGCGUAGAGCUCUCAGGCUUCUGGCCCAUGUUCAAUCCCCAUCCACUUCAUGGAAUUCCUUUUGACGAUGCCUACUGGUGCCAGCCGGUCAUCAGUAUGCACAAGACACUGUUGUCAGAUAUGACUGGGUUGAUGCGAUGGGAAAACCAGCGAGAUCGCACACGCCCAUUGAUCUACGCCGACCUGAUGGAAUAUUUGAAGCUGGGAACCGUCGAUCAUAUGUCCGAUUGGGACAACGGAGACUGGGGCGGAUGGCAGGAACCUCCCGAGUCACCGGCCCACGGCUCUUUUGAGGCCUGUCAGACAGCCUGCCAUGAGCAUGCGCAGUGCCUCAGUUUCAAGUAUGACUCCUCGGGACACUGUGUCUUUGUUCGCACGAUGCGGCUGGGCGCGAAGAAGAAACUGGGCGAUUCGUCGGUGCGAUUAUCCUCCGGAUGGGAUCUGGAGAAAAUCAAGAACUGGCGGGCGUCUCACCGGUGUGAGAAAGCGAUGUGGAUGAAGCCCAGCACGGAACGCAUCUUUUGAUUUUGCUGAUACCCCGGUUGAUUGGCGAGUGGGUGUUUCAUGUUUUGACGAUUGUAAAUACUAUGAUAGAUGUCCUGGAUCAUGCCAUACUAAUGAUAGAUAAUCUUAAUUAUUAGCUGUCAGAUCACAUGCGUGCUUUACACACUCGUAUUUGCAAAUGGGAG